AGAGUGUGAGGGAAGCGAGAGGGGAAAGAAAAUCCUGUCGACCGAGCGAGAGCGGGCUGAGCAACAGGAGCGGCGGCGGCUCCUCCUCCCCCACCCCAGCAGCGCAGCAGUUACUUCCAGCUUCAUGACCGUUUGGCCCAGUAGUUGUCGUUGUCGGAGCCCGCUGUUGAACCGCUGCGUGGGAGCCCGCGGGGCCGCUGUAAUCGUGUGUGUAGGAUGUCCCGACAUGAAGGUGUCAGUUGUGAUGCAUGUUUAAAAGGAAAUUUUCGAGGCCGCAGAUAUAAGUGCUUAAUUUGCUACGACUACGACCUGUGUGCAUCUUGUUAUGAAAGUGGGGCUACUACUACAAGACAUACAACUGAUCAUCCAAUGCAGUGCAUAUUAACAAGAGUAGAUUUUGAUUUGUAUUACGGUGGGGAAGCCUUGUCAGUUGAACAGCCACAGGCUUUUACUUGUCCUUACUGUGGGAAAAUGGGGUUCACUGAAACAACUCUCCAAGAACAUGUUACUUCAGAGCAUGCAGAAACAUCAACAGAAGUGGUUUGUCCAAUCUGUGCAGCAUUACCUGGAGGGGAUCCUAAUCAUGUCACAGACGACUUUGCAGCUCAUCUUACACUUGAACACAGGGCUCCUAGAGAUUUAGAUGAAUCCAGUGGUGUUCGACAUGUACGUAGGAUGUUUCAUCCUGGCCGAGGCCUUGGAGGACCACGUGCUCGUAGGUCAAACAUGCACUUUACUAGCAAUUCCACUGGCGGACUUUCAUCCUCACAAAGUUCAUAUUCUCCAAGCAAUAGGGAAGCUAUGGAUCCAAUAGCUGAACUGUUAUCGCAGUUAUCAGGUGUGAGACGUUCUGCUGGAGGACAACUCAAUUCCUCUGGUCCUUCUGCUUCUCAGUUACAACAGCUGCAAAUGCAGCUGCAGUUGGAGAGGCAGCAAGCACAGGCAGCACGGCAACAGCUGGAAUCUGCACGUAAUGCGACAAGACGCACCAACACAGGCAGUCUCAGCACCACAGUCACACAGACUACAGUGACCAACAACACAACCACCACAGAAAACAGUCACCAAGCCUCCCAAAAUUCCCAGUUCUUGCUCACAAGGUUGAAUGAACCGAAAAUGUCUGAAGGAGAACGUCAGUCACUGGAAAGUGAGCGUGCAGAUCACAGCCUGUUUGUGCAGGAGCUUCUCCUCUCCACCCUGAUGCAAGAAGAAAGUUCAUCCUCAGAUGAGGAUGAACGAGGGGAAUUCACAGAUUUUGGUGCUAUUGGCUGUGUAGAUAUUAUGCCUUUAGAUGUUGCUUUAGAAAACCUAAAUUUAAAAGAGAAUAAUAAAGGAAAUGAGCCUCCGCCACAUCCUCUUUGAUGAUGUCCCACUUUGCAGACAAUGUCCUCUGUGCUGUAACUGCCAAUGAAAGUGGACAACAGCUAUCUUUGGGUUUGUUUGGUGAUUGUAAUUUCAGGUCUGUCACUCUUGUUACAUUGUGUACAUUCAAGGAAGAAAAAAAAUAAGAAUUGAUUCCACUUACUAAUUUUUACUUCUAGCAGGUAAAUGUAGGUAGCAGUGCCAGAGGCAAUCUCUGCUUCCUGUACCUUGACAUGCAAAAGGCUCUCCUAAUACUCCACAUUCAACCGAAGAGGAAAACAAAUUGAAAAAUCUCUAAUGAAGCUGCUGUGUGUAUUUAUGAAUAUUAAUGAAUAAAACUGCUUGGAUGGUUUACCUUAACUACUGCAUGAGGUUUUUUGCGGAGUGCAUGAGUUUUAGUAGCCUUGUCAUUUCAGAAAAAGAAUAUCCCAAAGCUUUCCUAAAAUAUGUUUAAAGGUUACCUGUCUAGAAAUGACUAGCAAUCACAACAAAGAGCUUGUUUUUCAAACGUGUUGUAGCUCUUGAAUAAUGCAUAAUUGAACACCUCAUUACUCAGCUGUCUAUCAUGGUGCUUGUAAUCUGAGCUCCGCAAUGCCAUCCUUUGUUAAUGUUCUGAGUCUACCAUUACCACGGUGACUGUUGAAUCAUCUGGUAACGUUUCAGCUUUUGAAUGCUGUAUUUCUUCCCCUCCAAAUUCCAGACACAACAGUAAAUGACAUGGCCCACUUGCCAGUGUGUAGUGACAUUAAUAUAUUUGGGUCUUGUUAGUGUGCCCUAGGUGAGAAAAAUGCAAAAUAAUUCAUUUUGUUGGACUGUUUUGUUGUAAUGAUUUUAAUUUUUUUAAAUAUUGCUGAUCUAGUUGCUUUGUCUAGUUACAGACAUUUUUAUGUUUAAUCACUUUUUUGGGAAAAAGACCUUGAAUCUAUUUUGGUAGGGUUUUUUAAAAAUCUUUUCUUUUCCCAGAUCUCCUCUCAAACUUUCUCCCUCUCUUCUUCCCUCUUUUGUGCUCUCAUAGACACAUGGAUACAUGGACACACAUACAUACAUACACACACACCACACACUCUCUCAUUCUCUCACUCUCUCUCCCUCUCUCUCUCUCACACUCUCUCUAAAAGUUUUGCAUUUAUAUGUUUUAAAAUAGUCUGUGGAGAGUUAUCAUCAGGAGAGCUUGAGGAUUUGGUAUCACAUUGUGUGCAGUAUAUACAGUAUAUUAUACCUAAGAUUUGAAGUCUAAAUGCUAAAGUUAGCACCUUUUUAUUUAUUGUUUUUUGAUUUCCUAAGUAAAAAUUAGCCUUUUUUUGAUGAAAUCAUGCCACCUACAGUACAUGCCUAAACUAUUAAUCCUAUAUGUUUAAAAAAAAUGAGAUGUACAAUGAAUUUGUGAGAAAACUUUCAUAAUGGUUAUAGGCCAGGGACUGCGACUUUUUGGAAUGUAAAGAUAGAAAACAAAGAAAAUAAAACUGCGCACAGCUUUUCAUGACUUUA